ACACACACAAGCAGCGGCCACAUCCACGGCAGACAAAUCCGUGCUCAGUGACGUGUCCUGUAUUAGCCUCUUUUUUUUUUUGUAAUGCAAUGUUCAAUCUUCCCCCAUCAGAGACUAAUUUAAAUCGCUGCAAACCUCCAUUGAGUGCUUCCGUUUUCCACAAUUUCUUGCUAAAAACCCCUUUAAAAUAUAUUUUUUUAUUUAUUUAUUGCCUCGAUUAUUUAUCCUCUCCACCGUCCACCCCCCCUCGUCUUCUUCUUCCCUCCCUCGGUCUCCUUCUCUUGGGGAGUGCAACGAUGCUGUUGAAAUUUUGAAAUAACAAGGGGGCAAAAAAAGGGGGGAGAUCUGAAGCAGUACACACAGAGGAGCAGUGACCAUGAGUUUUCUGCUGCAAGUUUUCUGCUAACAGAGGACGGACAGAGCGGGGUAGCUGUCCACAUCCCCCCAAGCUUCACUUUCUCCAGCAAAGAAAGAAAAAAGGAAAAAAGACAUUGGGGUAAAAAGUGAGAGAGGCAAAAAAGGAAAAACAAGCGCAAGAAGGAGAGGGGGAAGCAGGUGAAAACAGUCGAUGGAUGCUGUCCGGAUUGAGGGGGCAGCAAGUUCUUCACUUACGAGGAAAAAAAAGAUUUCAAAAUGGAGCCGAAGGAUAGAAACUCGUCGUCAGGCAUGGUGUGUGAGAAGGGGAUCCAGAUCCUUCUCACCACCGUGGGGGCUUUCGCUGCCUUCGGCCUGAUGACGGUGGCCAUAGGGACGGAUUACUGGCUGUAUUCCCGUGCCCUCAUCUGCAACAGCACAGCCAACGUCACCCAGGACGAUCCCCACAACAAGGACAAGAAGGACCCUGGGGCACUCACCCACUCAGGGCUUUGGAGAAUAUGCUGCCUGGAAGGAGUGAAGAGAGGAGUGUGUUCUCAGAUUAAUCAUUUCCCAGAGGAUGCAGACUUUGACCAUGAUGGAGCAGAGUACGUCCUACGGGUAGUCAGGGCUUCCAACAUCUUCCCAAUCCUUAGUGCCAUCCUCCUGCUGAUGGGUGGGGUUUGCAUUGCUGCUAGUCGUUUCUAUAGAAGCAAAAGGAACAUCAUCCUCGGGGCAGGAAUCCUUUUUGUAGCUGCAGGUCUGAGUAACAUAAUUGGUGUGAUCGUCUACAUUUCGGCUGCACUAGGAGACAUCUCACCUAAGAAAGACGAAGAUAAGAAAUGGCAGUAUUCCUACGGGUGGUCCUUUUACUUUGGAGGCUUGUCCUUCAUCAUGGCCGAGAUGGUCGGAGUGCUGGCCGUCAACAUCUACAUCGAGAAAAACAAAGAGCUCCGCUGCCGCUCUCGCACAGACAUCUUUAAAAGCACGACGCACGCCAUGCUCCGCCUGCCCAGCUACCGCUUCCGCCGCCGCUCCCGCUCCUCGUCCCGCUCCACCGACCCGUCCCGCUCCCGAGACCCUUCGCCCGUCGGGGGUGGCGGAGGGAAGAACUUCGGCCUGCCUCCCUCUGCUCUGCUCUCACAGGGCCCCAUUUCAGUUUCCACUCUGCCCAACCCGCACUCCCGUUCGCACACGGCCCUGGCUGGCGGAGACAUCUCCCUCUACACGCUGUCUCGCGACCCCAAGCUGGCGGGUCUGCCGCCGAUGUACGGCACAGUGGACAGGGCCACACUCUACCAGCUCCACAACUGCUUUCCGAAAGACGGGGGCGGAGGAGGGGGAGUCAUGAUGAGCGGCACGCUGCCUUCACUCAAGUCACAUAACCCUUCUAACACUUCCAACUCCAACACACCGAUGGCUAACUCUGUGGCUCCUCCGCCGUUCACAUCAUCCACAGUAGACAGGGAGCGAGGGAUGGGGACUCUGGACAGGCUGAAGGGAGACAGGGAGAGCAACUCUAACACUCUUAAUAGGAAGACAACACCUGUGUAGAUGGAGGUGUGGAGAAAGCUGGUUGAAUAGUGGAAGAGGGAACGUAGAAAAAAAAAUAGGACGGCAGAUAACUCUCCUCCUUGUUCACUGUUAUUUAGUCAACUCAAUCUCACUGAGAACAAAAAAAAGAAGAGUAAUAACAGAACGAUAAUAACAACAACAAUGAACUUUCACAAAAAUAAACUAUUUUGAUAUCUCAAUGCGCUAGAAAUGAUUUAUUUUAUUAAUGAUCAAAUGCAAUUAACCUUGGGCUACUAUGAAAACCUUUCACUUAAUUUCUGUGCAAUAGUACUGCUAAUUUAACCAGAGCAUCAUUACUGUAAAUUGUUGUUGUGAUUAUUCUCGGUGUUAUUACAGGCUAGCUGUAUUUGCAAACGCUAGUUUGGAAUGAAAUGUUAAUUUUCAUGGUGUUGUGGGGUUUUUUUUCCACUUUAUUUUAUUUUAUUUUUUUAGAUCUCUGUGACUUUUACUGUGAAUUCUUCCAUGCAGAGCCACUGAGAGCAGACAGUGAGCUGUGUGUAGCCGUGUGUUAAAGAACGAGUGUGCACAAAACGUUGACGAAUGAGAGCCUGCUUUAUUUUUUUAACUCCCAUGAUGUAGAGUUUUCCUUUAUAAAAAAAGAAGUCAGAUGUGAAUACUGUAAAUUGUCUUCCAAAUACUGAUGCUAAAAGAAAUGCAACAAUAACAUGAGCGACUGAGGCAGCCGACAGACUUCAUUGUUAGUGCGGGUUCGGGUUUUCUACGGACCUCUGUUUGUCUCAUUUCCAUUCUAAUCAGUGUUAGCAGAUAGUACUUGUAGCUUUAUUGUGUUGAAGAUGUUUGUUCUUGGGCAUUAACGGAAACCUCCAUUGGAGGGGAAAAAAAAUAAGCAAAAUAAUAUGUUUGUACAGAAUCAGGUGAAGAUUGCUUCCUGAAAAGAAGAAAAUAAAACAAAGAAUCCAUUAAUUCUUUUUUUUUUUUUUUUUUUUGUAUUAAAGAAGUCCCAAAGUGACACAUGCAAAUAAUCAUUUUCAGUCACAGGAAAAAAAAACACUAUGUUGGUUAAAAGGGUUUCCACACAGACUAUAGAGGAAACAUAAAAAAAACUACAUGUACAUUGUAAUUUAUGCAUAUUUGUAAACUCUAUAGAUACCUUCUUUUGGGACCACAGUUAAAGCAUUUGGAAACAGCAGAUUCAGAUUGAUGGACACCUGUCGGCUGAGCUCCGGUCAGACUUGGCCCUAUAACCUGUCUGUAUUUCAUCUGUUUGUUUGUUUUUCUUCUAACUUAUCAAAUCUCCAUUAACAGAUUCCUCACAGAGACGAACCCCCAAACAUCCCCAAAGAAUCUUUUCACUGUGCUUCCCGUGUAACUGCUGACUCCUGAGUGUGAACUGUUGACGUUGAUGAGAAUGAAACACACGUGGACCCCCCCCAGCCCCCACUCCCACCCCCAUCCUCCCGCCGCUCUGCUAUACUGUCCCGUGGGGCCACAGAUCCAGGUGGAAACCUGGGAUACACCUGCUUCAUGAUGAAGGGAGGAAAAUAAAUGAUAACCACAUGCUUCCAGAUUCUACAUGUUUUUAAUUUGUUUGAUUUCAUUUUAGAAAAGUACAAAAAAUAAUAAUAAUCUGUCAAAACUGCACACGGACAGCAUUUGUGUGGGCAAUAUGAAUAGUAUGUAGUUGAGAAUAGAUAUAUCUAGACAAAUGAUUAUGGUUUAUCUAAAUGUGUGAUAAACUCAAACACUGUAUUGCACGAAGUUUAUAAAAAAACAAUAACAGA